AUGAAUCACUCUUGCGAACCGAUGGUCGUCAACAGCCUUUACGGGGAUGUGACUCGUGUCAAGCCGAUGAAGGCUGUUGACUCGGAGCUGAGCAUCUACUACUGCCUACGCUCUGUAGCCAUCGGUGUUCGUUUCCCUCUGCAGGCCAGGGAUGCCGUCACCGCCGGAGACGUCCUCUUUGUGGAGAAGCCAUACGCCUCAGUACUGCUGCAGGAUCAUGAGACAACGCACUGCCACCACUGCUACCGCAGCCUUUCCUAUCCCGUCGGGUGUCGCGAGUGCACACAGGUGCGCUAUUGCAGCAUGGCGUGCAGGGAUGCCUCGUGGAAUUCCUACCACAAGUACGAGUGCUGCCACCUGGAUGUUCUCUAUGCUACAGGGGUGGCUCACCUUGCAUUCCGGAUUAUUCUCAUGUCAGGUGGCAACUCUCUGCUAGAAUUCAGAAAGACUCUGUCAAUGGAAAGUUCGGUCAACAACAUAAAAGGGUGCGAUUCUCAGGGUUUCUAUGGCAACCACUACAGGUCUGUCUACAACCUUAUGACACAUGAGGAAGAUCUGAACGUCAAAGACAACUUCUGUUACGCUACAAGUGCAGUGUUGCUGCUCACACUUCUGAAAAAGGUUUCCUUUUUCGACACGCCUCCUGCCGGCUUGCCGUUUUCCAGCGAUGACAUCACAUACAUAGGUGUGUGUGCUGGGAAAAAGAAGGGGAGUGUGUGAGGGAGAGAAGUGAAGCUGUA